AGAGAUUAACUGAAAGGAUAAACAAAAGACAUAAACUCACCUGUUUGUCCAAACAAACAGAAAAAAGACACAAACUCAUCUAGAUUCUCUCACCGGAAACACACCAUGGACUCAUCGACGUUUCUCGCCGCCACAAGCUUAGACCAGGGAAAACCAUUUCCGGUUUCGAGACAACCAUCAAAGCAAAAGAAGAAGACGGCUUCAGCCAACAAAGCCAUCAAAGUGCGUUACAUAUCAAACCCCAUGAAAGUCAAAACAUGUGCUUCCAAGUUUAGAGAGCUCGUACAAGAGCUCACUGGCCAAGACGCCGUCGAUCAACCGGAGCCCGUGUUCUCCCCCUCCACCGUCUCCGACCUCAGCCCUUCCCCGCCGCCGCCGGAGAAUCUUGCGCCACGUGUUCUUGACCCGGAGCCGUUCGAUGAUCGGGUGUGUGAGUACUUUGAGCCGUUGGAUGGUGAAGAGAUGUUUUUGCCUCAGAUGUCGGCAGGUUUUUCUGGAUUUUUUUCUAAUGGGUUUUACAAUGUGAAUGACUUUGGAAGAAUCGAUUCUAUGUGACGAUCUUCAGAGUUUUUAGGGUUUGAUCAUCAAAGUACAUAUAUAAAAAUUAUGAAAUCCAUACAUGAUUCAGCAAAAAAAAAAAAACUGAUACAUGGGUAUGCUAAUUAGUAAGGUUUGUGAAGCAAAUUAUAAGAGUUAAGUUAAGUUAAGUCACUUGUAGAAAAAUUAAAUAGAUCUUUUGAUAUAUUUUUUUGUUCAGUGCCUUUUCAUCUAAACUUUGGUAUGUACGACUACGAAGUAAUCAUGUAUUUUUUUUAAUUUAGUUAUGAAUCUACUGUGAUCCAUGAUAAAAAAUUAAGAACACAACCUUCCAUUAAUCUAUGUCUUCUAAACAUUCACAAAUCA